AUGAAUUCUCAUGUUUAUCUGACAAAACACUAAAUACAUGAAAUGUUUGUAGAUUCCACCUAAGCUUUAGCAUCACCUUCAUUUGUUGAACCAAAUUCUCCUUAAGCAAAGGAGGUAUUUGAUUUAAAAAAAAAUUGAAUAGAAAAGAUAUUUCUUCCAUGAAGAAGUAGUAAGUCCAUCAAAGAAGGAUGAUAAGUCAACUGAUAACUAUUCAAACAGAAAAAUCAGUUAGGAUUCCAUUUUCGAUUCAAAAGUAGAAAUGAAAUUAAGUAAUUCUUGUUUCUUGACAGAUUAGCUAAUAAUUAAAUAUGUCUUGUGAAUUUAUUUGAACAAUAGAACAAGGAUAAGGAUAGAGAAACCAUUACUAAAUUACAGUAAUAACUCUCCCAAUAAUCUUAAUUGAUUUUAAGUUUACAAAGUAAAGUUUUGAUAUAAUUUAGAUCAAAUAAAUAUUUUGAAGGAUUUGAAUAAGAAAAAUUAGAGCAAUAUCUCAGAACUAUUAGGAUAGAUAAGAAAAUUAGAAUAGGAGAAUCAAUUUUUUUAAGAUCAGCUAUUGAAAAAUAGAUUGAGUUUGUAAGAUUAAAUCAAAUAACAAUAAUAAAUAAAAAUAGAUAUGGAAAAUACAAAAAUCUAACUAUUAAAUAAGGAUUAAAUGAUUGAAUCUCUUCAUUAACAAUUAUAAUCAUUUCGUUAAGAUCAAAGUAGAUGCAGAGUUGGCAGAAGUCCCAAUAGAAUAAUUGAAUAAAUAGUGAAUUGCCAUCAUCCAUCAAUCUCGUAUAUUAAUUAUAGGAUUGCUCCUUAAAGAUCACAUUCUAGUAAUAUCAAGAAUUUUUGA